UCAAUCAUUCCCAUCCAAAAACAAAAAAUCCCCCCAAAAUUUUACUUUUUAGAGAAAAAUAAAAAAAAUGGGGAGUUCGAAAGACGAUUCCGUCACCGACGGCGACAAAACCACCGCGAAUCUCCGCCGUGCCGAGUCCAAUUCCAAGCUCUACUCCGACGGCGAAAAAGUUCUCGCUUAUCAUGGCCCUCGCAUCUACGAAGCCAAGGUUCAAAAGGCUGAAAUACGAAAGACUGAGUGGAAAUAUUUCGUCCAUUAUCUUGGUUGGAGUAAAAAUUGGGAUGAAUGGGUUGGUAUUGACCGUCUGAUGAAGUAUACUGAAGAGAACAUUGCGAAGCAGCAAGCCCUUGUCAAAAAGCAGGGUGUGGACAAGAACACAAAGUCUGGACGCUCAACCCAAACUAAACCAAAAAUAUUGAAUGAUAUAAAGGUUGAAAAAGAGGAUGUGAAGACCAGUGGGGCAAAAGGGAAGAAGAGGAAGAGUGAUUUGAGUAUCGAGAAAGAUAGUGCAUCUGCUGAAAAGCCUGUGAAGAUCCAGAUUCCAGCAGCCCUAAAAAAGCAACUUGUGGAUGAUUGGGAACUUGUUAACCAUCAGGAUAAGGUGGUUAAACUGCCACGUUCUCCAAAUGUUGAUGACAUAUUGGCGAAGUACCUUGAAUACAGGUUAAAGAAGGAUGGCAUGAUGACAGAUGCAGUUGGAGAGAUAUUGAAAGGAUUAAGAUGUUAUUUUGACAGAGCCUUACCAGUUAUUUUAUUAUACAAUAAGGAGCGUACACAGUUUCAAGAAUUUGUUACCGAUAAUAUUUCACCCUCAACUGUAUAUGGUGCUGAACAUCUGUUGCGUCUCUUUGUUAAAUUGCCUGAAUUAUUGCCAUACGUGAACAUAGAAGAGGAUCUGGCAAUGCGUUUGCAACAAAAGUUUCUAGACUUUCUCAAGUUUAUGCAAAAGAAUCAAAGCUCUUUUUUCAAUUCUUCCUAUGAUGUCUCGAAAGUUUCAGACAGUUCAACAGUGAGGGGGGAAAUGACCCAGGAGUAGAGUUAUCGCUCCACCAACUGUGAUGUAACAUUAGUGAUUAACCAGUAGCAGAUCCUGAAAAUCUAUCAAUGUCAACAUUAUGUUUUGUCAACGUUGUUGUAACAUAACCUCAUUCUUUUUAUGCAUAUCCAGUCUCUCUAUGUGCUCAUAAUGAUAGCCAUAUUUAGUUGACACCUACAAUCAAGAAUCAGUAUUUGAUCAUUUAGCCAAGAUGUUGUAGAUCUAGUAUCAUCAAAUUUGUAGUACAAUUAUUUUUCUUUUGGGUAUAAGAAAUUUGUAUUACGAUUC